AUGCGUGCCUCACAAUUAACACGUAGCGGUCCUCAGCUCGUUCAUACAGCAGAUGGCAGAAAAUUUACACCUGCAAUUGCAUCUUUAAUGCCAAAUACACCAGACGCUCCACUAAUCCUAACAGACAUAUACGUUGAUCAAUAUGAUCGCUCAAUUGGAAAUCUAAAUCAUCUUUUAAGAUAUCCGAAAAACUGUACUAGAUACAUUCCACAACUUCUAGGCAAGAAUUUCACAAAGAAAAUCACUGGUUAUUUCAAAGUUCGUAAUAUCACACUCCCUCUCGAUCAAGAUGAAGAUAAUUAUCUCGAAGUUUUACAGCCACCAGAGUUUUUCGCUGCAGAACUUCUCGGCAAAGCGAUUGAAGAUUGCAAGCGCACAAAAGUUAACCUCACAGUUGACUCUCUCACUGUUGUUGUUCCAAAAUUUUACACUCAUCAUCAGAGAAUUGCAAUGAUUCGUUCAGGAAAGCUCGCAACACAUAAGCCAAUGCUUCUCGAUACUCCUACAGCCGUUUCUCAUCUUUUCGCCGUCGAAAGGAGCAAAAUCUUUGCAGAUAAGCCCCAAGUCAUCAUGUUUGUCGACAUUGGUGCCUCCCAAACUCAAGUCUGGAUUGAUGAGUUCACAGUCGACAAGAAUGCUACCAUAGUUAACGAACUCGGAUACGGUUGGGUUGAUGGUGUCGGUGGUCAGGCCAUAGAUGUUGCCAUUGGUCGUCUUAUUCGUAAAGAACUCACGAAGAAGAAUCCAAAUGCCGAAAUAACGUACAAAACCGUUGAAUUAAUAAUGAAUUCCGCUAAAAAGCUCAAACACAUGCUUACAUUGCAAGAGGAAGUGAAUCAGACAUUAGAAGACAUCAUCCCCGGUUUCGACUUCUCAUUCAAAGUCACACGCGAAGAAGUUCGAGAAUCAGGAAAGAAAGACAUUCAACGAUUCAAGCGAGCAAUCACACAAUCUAUUACAUCAUCAUUACUUUCAUCUAGUUCUGAUAUCAAUCGUGUUGAACUUGUUGGUGGUGCAUCACGUAUUCCUCUUUAUAUUGAUGCUAUCAACGAAACAUUGAACUUCAGUGUUCCAAUCCAUCGUACAAUGAAUCCAGAAGAAGCAUCAGUUACCGGUUCAUCAUAUUACAUUGCGAACAUGAAACGGACAUAUCUUGAGAAACCAGUUAUUUUCAAAGCGUGCAAACUAUAUAAUAUUGCUAAGAAGAACAUUGGUGAAAACAAGUUCUCAUACUUCUACAAAGAGAAAGAUCUUCCUAUCGGCAUCAACCAGUUCAUUCUUUCCGCCGAUUUACAGAAAGAUGGUUCAGCCGAACUUGUUAACGGUAUUCUUCAACUUAGUGGUUGUAAGAAACUCACACACAGUGGCUUACACCGUCAGAAACGAUUCCGCACCGAAUCACUUCUUACGGCAUUCGAGAAGAAAGAGAAAGAAGAAUCCGAACGGAACGCACGUAUUCACGAACUAGAAUCAUAUGUCAUUGAAGUUCGAGAUAAACUCACCAAAGACGCAUACAUCUACAAAGUAUCCACCGCCGUUGAACGCAACAAAGCUAUGCGUGCUGUUGCAUCUGUUCAACAUCGCAUGCAAAACGAAGUUGUUAGUGACGAACAAGAACUGAAACACAUGAAGCGUGAUUUAGAGCAAGCAUGUGGUGACAUCAUCAAGAAGGCAGAAGAUGCCCGCGAGAUGCCCAACGAAAUCCAAAAACUUAAGCAUCUUAUUGACGAAGUUUCUAAUGCAGUUUUAGUUGAUUUCGAAGAACAAGGUUAUGAAUUACCCGAAAGUGUCGAACACGAACUUGGCAAAGUCAUGUCCAAAUCCGAAGAAAUCAUGAAACGAGCUGAGAAUGGUGACAGUGAGAUUUCAACCGAUGAUGUUCGACUUGCAUUAGAACGUCUUCGUCGUCAAUACGAAGACUCUAAGAAAUCCUUAGUUGUUCCACCAAAAGAUUUAUAA